AUGCUGCACGAAAUGUGCAGCAAGAAACCUCCAGAUUUACCCGGUCCACCCACUAGCUACCCAUCCCAGGAACAAGAUAUACUCCAGGUUGUUGAAAGAAGCGCCAAGGACCUAAUCGAGGAGGCCUUCUACAAAAUUACUUCAGAAACUGGGACAUCCUAUCCGUGCACGCAAACAGAGCUGGAUGCUUCUGGAGGUGCCAACCGGUACACGGCCUCGAGCGCACGCAAGUCAAAGGACAAGAGACCAUGGUUUGCUCAAGCAAACAACGGGCCGUUUUGCAAUAUCAGAAUAGCGGCACAAGAAGUCUUUGACUAUAAUGAUCCGACAAGAACGCCGUCGGUUGCUGAAAGUGAGGCCAUCAGUCGUCUGAUUACUGGGUUCAAACUGGCUGGCCAGAAAUUUUGGGGUCCAGAUCUAGCUAUCAAGACUUUCUGUGAUCUCGACGAGGUUUUUUUCUGCGGCAGGCUCAGAGGACAUGUCUGCUUGACUUGGCAACCCGAUCGCUUCUUCGCAAAACACCUCUUAGGACACACUGUUUACCUGGGGGGCGGGAAGUGUGUGAUCGAGUUGAAUGCCGACAACAUAUUCUUUCAUCCUGUUUCCUAUUCGUGUUUCAAUCAGAUGUUCGCUACUCUACUGCAUGAAAUGUGGUAUGCUUUAUGUCUUCGAGAUAGUUAA